CGUCACGUCUCGCAAAAAGAAAGAAAUGACUUUUCCCAUCUCAUCGUCGCAUUCUCUUUUUGCACAAAACAAACCUCAAUUGGAGCAAAAAAGAGAGCUACCUAAUGGUAAAAUAAGGGAAAAAUUGCUAAACUCGGAUUUAUGAGACUUCAGGUUCAUUUAUAAGUGAAGAGCGAGAAUGGACGAACGAAGCUUGGAAAAAUGACAAUAACGUAGGAAAAUGGACCCCAACGACAUCAAUUUCACUGAAUACGACAAGUCGAGGAAAAGAUCAGUUCAAUUGGAUUUGCCAAGUUACUCAAAAGUUUGUUAUAACAGUGGAGAUGAUUUGGAGAAGGGUUUGUUUACACCUAUUCCUCCUUCCUACGAACAACUUCAAAUGAGUAAUGGAGACGAAUCCGGUGAUAAUCGAGUUCAUGCGAAUGAAGCGCAUGAACGCAUGACAGAAACAGUGCCAGCCAGAUUAUGGAGAAAUUCUUUCCUCGAAUUCAUCUGCAUGCCGGUACGUCCCCGACUAGCUCCAGCGGGCACAUUGAGAGAAGCAGGAUAUUUUCGAUGUUUUCUGUGUUAUGUUUAUACGGCUGCUUUUAUUUUCGUUUUACUUUUCAAAUAUUCUGAUAAAUUGUCAGAGUUUAUAAAGGAUUCAUUUUUGUCUAAGAAAAUUAUUUUACCUUUGCUUGGUGGAUUGAUUUUAGUUUUAUUUUUUAUUUCCGCUGUAAUAAUUUCUCUUGCGUUGGACAUCAUCGUUUGGUGUAUAUCUAUGGUUCCAGAUUUGGCUGUAUUUCUAGGGCGUGACUUAUGGAGAAAAUUUAUACUGCCUUUGACAAUCAUUUUCGGUUAUAGAACUAAUCAAAGCUUCGGGAUUGAUCCAGACUCAACAAAUCCCGUUCAACUUGACGAGCUAGAAGCUUGCGUUGAGACUCCAACAACUGCACCUAACAAUAUUGAAAUGCCAAGUUCUCCUCUUGGGAAAAGCCCUACCAAAGCAAACCUUUCAAAAAAGUUUGUUGGGCAUUCUGCAAGAGAGCAAGAAAUAGAUAUGCAAACUUUUGGAGAUACAGGUUCUCCGACUUUGAACGACCAUACAAAGUAAUGUUUUUAUGCUAUGCCCAUUUUAUUGAAUGGUUGUUAUUGUCAGCGUCCAGUUGAGAUUGAGAUGUCUAACGAGGAGCUUUUGUUUAUAUUUUAAAGCAUGCGUAUUUUGUUUCCGUAGUCGCGAUUGUUAGUUAGCCUGGCCCUUAUUAGCUACUCACUUUCCUGUUGUUUUUGGUGCUUAUUUACGGUCAUCUCUGCUUCCUCCUUUUUGAUUGAAGUUGUUUAAAGUAUCAAUGGCUAGUAUCAAUCAAUACAACAUAUUAUUUUCUAUAGGCUUUGACCGAAAGAUGAAAUGGCAGUUUAAGAUGGCGAGUUUGUCAAAAAGUAAUACAAUGACCAAGGAUUCUAUUGAAAUUGCAAAAUCAUGAAUCUGUUACUUUUCAUUUGAAGACUUGAUUAAAAAGUUUAUGACUCUAUAAAUGCUGCUUUUUCCUCUGCUCUUUACGCUAAAAAAAAAGUUUCGAUUGGAAUAGUCAAAAUUGAAUCUGCCAAAUGACAUGCAACCUAUGAGAUUAAGAGCUUACGAGAAACAAACCCAUCAGAAUUAAGAAAUUAAGGAAAAGAAAAUAGUUUGCGAUGAGAGAACAAAAGAUGAUUAUCAUUUACAAAAACAUUGUAUUUCGAUCAUCAAUAAAGAAUAUUGAUAUGAAAUAUAGGAAUUAUGAUGACCACCAGGACUUUGACAAAUAAAACAGAUUGCGUUAACUGUAUCAAAAGAUCUAUAUAAACUGUUUGUCUACAGUCAGAAUCUUCAGAUUGGAAUAUUAGACUAGUGUGGAUAAUAAAUUCCA